CUGCAGCGGAAACAAAAAGUGCUGCCUUUGAAUUUCAACCGGACAUAAUUCGAACUGGUACUGCGUAGAUUCUGCCGAAAUGUCAUUAGAAUCAAAUAAGGAGAACCAGUUGUCUACUUACAUAAAAGAUCACGAUCCAAAUGUAGUUGAGAAGGAAGUCUCCUAUGGCAAACAGUUCUCUGUUACAAAGAGCGAGUUGGAAGUAGAACCCCUGCUCAAACCUAAUCCGCACCGAUUUGUACUCUUCCCAAUACAAUAUCACGAUGUUUGGCAGUUUUAUAAGAAAGCUGUAGCAUCUUUCUGGACUGUGGAAGAAGUAGAUUUAUCCAAGGACUUAACUGAUUGGGACUCCCUCAAAGUUGGAGAACGUCAUUUUAUAUCAUACGUGUUAGCAUUUUUCGCUGCAAGUGAUGGAAUCGUUCUUGAGAACCUACUCGAACGUUUUAGUCAAGAAGUGCAGAUUCCCGAAGUCCGUUGCUUCUAUGGUAUGCAGAUAGCUAUUGAGAAUAUACACUCCGAAAUGUACUCUUUAUUGAUCGACACAUAUAUUAGGGACUCAAAAGAAAGGGAUUUCCUUUUCAAUGCCAUAAGUAACCUGGAUUGUGUUGCUAAGAAGGCUCAGUGGGCACUAGACUGGAUCGGUGAUUCUAAGGCUACUUUUGCAGAACGUCUAGUCGCUUUUGCAGCGGUUGAGGGUGUGUUUUUCUCUGGUAGUUUUGCGGCUAUCUUUUGGCUGAAGAAGCGAGGACUGAUGCCGGGACUGUCAUUCAGUAAUGAACUCAUAAGCAGAGAUGAGGGAUUGCAUUGUGACUUCGCUUGUCUCCUGUUUAAACACAUAGUGAACAAGCCUCCCCAAAAGCGCAUUGAGUUGAUUAUGAAGGAAGCUGUCGAUAUAGAACAGAAUUUCUUGUCGGAAGCUCUACCUGUUAGUCUGAUAGGAAUGAAUUGCAAAUUGAUGUGCCAAUAUAUUGAGUUCAUCGCUGAUCGACUAUUAGUUGAACUUGGUUAUGAAAAGGUGAGUCUAUCGUGCUUAUAUAAUUACGUCUAGAUAUACAAUUCGGACAACCCAUUCGACUUUAUGGAAAAUAUAUCAAUAGAAGGAAAGACAAAUUUCUUUGAGAAACGAGUUGGCGAAUAUCAGCGUGCUGGUGUCAUGUCUCGAGCUAGAGGCGAAUCCACCCAUCAGUUUACUGUGGAGGAAGAUUUUUAACUUAUAUUUUUAUACGAUUAAAUAUACAUUUCCGUAUUUA